CUGGUCUGCAAGAUCACUGGUAACCUUUACCCUAUAACCCAUGACCUCACCUCUAACUUCUAACCUAGCCAGACCUGUGUUCAAAUACUAUUUGAAUUUUUUAAAAUAUAUUUGAUCUGUUGUUGAUUGAGCUUGACUGGCUUAAUGACCAUUAUUAUAGUCACAAAACUGCAACUCUCACCAGCUGGCACCCCAGGCAGGCCAGAGCAAACGCUAAAAGUUUUUUGAAGAUUUCAAAUAGUAUUUCCCUCCAGGUCUUAACCUGACCUCUGACCUCUAACCCUUUCCAGACUACUGUUUUCCCUCCAGGUCUUAACCUGACCUCUGACCUCUAACCCUUUCCAGACUACUGUUUUCCCUCCAGGUCUUAACCUGACCUCUGACCUCUAACCCUUUCCAGACUACUGUUUUCCCUCCAGGUCUUAACCUGACCUCUGACCUCUAACCCUUUCCAGACUACUGUUUUCCCUCCAGGUCUUAACCUGACCUCUGACCUCUAACCCUUUCCAGACUACUGUUUUCCCUCCAGGUCUUAACCUGACCUCUGACCUCUAACCCUUUCCAGACUACUGUCUGACGAUCUAUCGGAGGGAGGAUGCAGCGGAACCCCUGUCAUCCUAUCAGAUGAGACUGAGAGAAGUGUACACGCCCCCUGAGUGCCAGACAGCCAACCAGGAACCGACCCUGCCGGGGGACGUCUUCAGGUGACAAACACACACACACGCACACACACACACAGAUGUACAUAAACACACACACACACACACACACACACACACGCACACACACACACAGAUGUACAUAAACACACACACACACACACACACACACACACGCACACACACACACAGAUGUACAUAAACACAAACACACACACACACAAACACACACUGUCACUCAGUUUCUAAGUAUCUCUGAACUUGUAUAUCUCUUUCCAGCUACUCUAUAAUUCUGCUGGAGAUAGCCACCCGCAGUGACCCUGUCCCCGUAAGUGGAUGGUGGAGGACGAAUGUGUGUGUGUGUGUACUGUUUGAGGGACACGUGUGUGUGUGUGUGUGUGUGUGUGUGUGUGUGUGUACUGUUUGAGGGGCGUGUGUGUGUGUGUGUGUGUGUGUGUGUGUGUGUGUGUGUGUGUGUGUAUGUGUGUGUACUGUUUGAGGGGCAUGUGUGUGUGUGUACUCUUUGAGGGCCGUGUGUGUGUGUGCGCGCGCGUGUGUGCGUGCGUGUGUGUGUACUGUUUGAGGGGCGUGUGUGUGUGUGUGUGUGUGUGUGUGUAUGUGUGUGUACUGUUUGAGGGGCAUGUGUGUGUGUGUGUGUGUGUGUGUGUGUAUGUGUGUGUACUGUUUGAGGGGCAUGUGUGUGUGUGUACUGUUUGAGGGACGUGUGUGUGUGCGCAUGUGUGUGUGUGUGUGUGUGUGUGUGUGUGUGUGUGUGUGUGUGUGUGUGUGUGUGUGUGUGUGUGUGUGUGUGUGUAUCUAACCAUAAUCUCUAUCUCUUCAUCAGCUUCUGUUGAGUGGUGAACCGGGCUACCAUGUAUAAUCCCAGCUAACAGAAACGUUUCCACAACUUUAGAGAACGUUCCCUUCAGAGUCUCAUUAGGUCAUUAACUAUCGUUUUCAUAGGAACGUUCCCGUGACGUGCGAGGAACGUUUCCAAGAGAACGUUCCCUUAACGUCAAAUAGAACUUACCCAGAACGUGGUUACCGUGUUCUCAGAAUUUAAGAUAUUAAUGUUCUAGACACGUUUCAUGGCAACAUUAAUAUCUUAUGUUCUGAGAACAUGGCAACCAUGUUCUGUGUAUGUUUCAAAUCAAAUCAAAUUUUAUUGGCCACAUGCGCCGAAUACAACAGGUGCAGACAUUACAGUGAAAUGCUUACUUACAGCCCUUAACCAACAGUGCAUUUAUUUUAAACAAAAAAGUAAAAAUAAAACAACAACAAAAAAAGUGUUGAGAAAAAAAGAGCAGAAGUAAAAUUAAAUAACAGUAGGGAGGCUAUAUAUACAGGGGGGUACCGGUGCAGAGUCAAUGUGCGGGGGCACCGGCUAGUUGAGGUAGUUGAGGUAAUAUGUACAUGUGGGUAGAGUUAAAGUGACUAUGCAUAAAUAAUUAACAGAGUAGCAGCAGCGUAAAAGGAUGGGGUGGGGGGGCAGUGCAAAUAGUCCGGGUAGCCAUGAUUAGCUGUUCAGGAGUCUUAUGGCUUGGGGGUAGAAGCUGUUGAGAAGUCUUUUGGACCUAGACUUGGCACUCCGGUACCGCUUGCCGUGCGGUAGCAGAGAGAACAGUCUAUGACUAGGGUGGCUGGAGUCUUUGACAAUUUUGAGGGCCUUCCUCUGACACCGCCUGGUAUAGAGGUCCUGGAUGGCAGGAAGCUUGGCCCCAGUGAUGUACUGGGCCGUACGCACUACCCUCUGUAGUGCCUUGCGGUCGGAGGCCAAGCAGUUGCCAUACCAGGCGGUGAUGCAACCAGUCAGGAUGCUCUCGAUGGUGCAGCUGUAUAAUUUUUUGAGGAUCUGAGGACCCAUGCCAAAUCUUUUCAGUCUCCUGAGGGGGAAUAGGCUUUGUCGUGCCCUCUUCACGACUGUCUUGGUGUGUUUGGACCAUGAUAGUUCGUUGGUGAUGUGGACACCAAGGAACUUGAAGCUCUCAGCCUGUUCCACUACAGCCCCGUCGAUGAGAAUGGGGGCGUGCUCAGUCCUCUUUUUUUUCCUGUAGUCCACAAUCAUCUCCUUUGUCUUGAUCACGUUGAGGGAGAGGUUGUUAUCCUGGCACCACACGGCCAGGUCUCUGACCUCGUCCCUAUAGGCUGUCUCAUCGUUGUCGGUGAUCAGGCCUACCACUGUUGUGUCGUCGGCAAACUUAAUGAUGGUGUUGGAGUCGUGCCUGGCCAUGCAGUCAUGGGUGAACAGGGAGUACAGGAGGGGACUGAGCACGCACCCCUGAGGGGCCCCCGUGUUGAGGAUCAGUGUGGCAGAUGUGUUGUUACCUACCCUUACCACCUGGGGGCGGCCCGUCAGGAAGUCCAGGAUCCAGUUGCAGAGGGAGGUGUUUAGUCCCAGGAUCCUUAGCUCAGUGAUGAGCUUUGAGGGCACUAUGGUGUUGAAUGCUGAGCUGUAGUCAAUGAAUAGCAUUCUCACGUAGGUGUUCCUCUUGUCCAAGUGGGAAAGGGCAGUGUGAAGUGCAAUAGAGAUUGCAUCAUCUGUGGAUCUGUUGGGGCGGUGUGCAAAUUGGAGUGGGUCUAGGGUUUCUGGGAUAAUGCUGUUGAUGUGAGCCAUGACCAGCCUUUCAAAGCACUUCAUGGCUACAGACGUCAGUGCUACGGGACGGUGAUGGAAUAUUCUCCUAACCCCUUGAAAACUGGACACAUGAAUGUUCUUGCAAUGUCUCAUGAAACAUGUCUAGAAUAUUAAUAUUGAAUAUUCUGAGAACAUGGAAACCACGUUCUGGGUUAUGAUCUGUUUGACAUUAAGGGAAUGUUCUCCUAACUCUAACAUAGAUAGAAUGUUCCCAAAACUAGCAGGAAACUGAACACUCAAACAUUAGGGGAACAUUACUGGUAACAUUGCAAAAAUGUUCUCUCUCCGUAGAAUUGUUAGCUGGGAUGUUGUUCUACGGCGUUAUGAUGUCCCCUUAAGUGGGUGUUGUGUUAGAGAGUAAUGCGUAACCUGUAUCUCUCCGUCAGCUGUUAAGUCCCCUGGCUGCCAUCCAUUCAUGAUGUCGUUCUAUGGUGUUAACAUGGUGCCCAGAAUCAUUAACGCUUGAUGUACUGAAGGUUCAAAGGUCAUCGCUUCAUCUGCCUGUCAAAUCACAAACAACAACAAACAUCCUGCAUUCCAGUCACCCAUCCAGUCACCCAUCCAUUCAUACAAACAAAGUUCCUUUCUAAGAUCGAUUGGGAAAGCAUUAGAUGUAUCUUCACCCCCCCCGCAUCCCUCCCUCCCCGCUCGCCUCCCCCACUCCCUCCCUCCCCCCCCCUCUCCCCCUCCCUCCUCCCUCCCUCCCUCCCCGCCUCCCUCCCCCCUCUCCCCCCCCUCUCUCCCCCCCUCUCUCCGCCCCUCUCCCUCCCUCUCUCCUCCCUCCCCCCCCCUCUCCCCCCCCCCCCCCCCCCCACUCACUCCCUCCCUCCCCACCCCCCCCCCCCCCUCCCUCCCCCCUCCCUCUCUCCCUCCCCCCAGGUUGAGGACAGUUCUCUAGAGUGUGCUUGGUGCCCCCCCCUCCCGGAACUCAUCUCUGGCAAGGCAGACAACACCUGUCCGUGUCCCGCAGAGUAUGUCGAGGUACGGAGGGGUGUGUGUGUGUGUGUGUGUGUGUGUGUGUGUGUGUGUAUGUAUGUGUGUGUGUGUGUGUGUGUGUGUGUGUGUAUGUGGGAGGUGUGUGUCCUGCAGAAUAAAUGAAAGUAUGGAGGUGUAUUCUCAGAGUGUCUGAUAUAGAUGACUGUGUGAGGUGUGUGUGUGUUGUGUGUCCCACCUGUGUUGCCGUAGCUCAUCAGAAGGUGUCGGUCUCAUAACCCUGUCCACCGGCCCACCUUCGAGCAGAUCAGGAAGUUCGUCUACCGGAUCAACCCCAAUAAAGUUAGCCCUGUGGACAUGAUGAUGAACCUGGUAGGACCUAGAAGCAACAUUACGGCAACAUUUACACAACUUUAAAACAAUCUUCACACAAUUAUACAACAGCCUUCACACAUCAUUACAAUAACCAACCAGCAACAUUUACACAAACAUUACAACAACCUUCACAGAACUUUACAAAGACGUUCGCACAACCCAGUAGCAACCUUCUCAAAAGUUACCGUAAACUUCAUACAACGUCACAACAAACUAACCCCAACCAUGAAACAACCCUUUCAGCCCUUGAUAAGACACAUUUUGUUCUGUGUGUGUGUGUGUGUGUGUGUGUGUGUGUGUGUGUGUGUGUGUGUGUAUAUGAGUGUGUGUGUGUGUGUGUGUGUGUGUGUGUGUGUGUGUGUGUGUGUGUGUGUGUGUGUGUGUGUGUGUGUGUGUGUGUGUGUGUGUGUGUGUGUGUGUGUGUGUGUAGAUGGAGAAAUACAGUAAGCACCUGGAGGUCCUGGUAGCAGAGAGGACCCAGGACCUAAUGCAUGAGAAACAGAAGACUGACCGACUGCUCUACAGUACGGACGCCAUCUUGGAUCUAAUCCUUAAUUUUCCCUAUGAAGGAAGGGGGGGGGGGUUUGGGGGGGGUGUGUGUGGGGGGUGGUUUUUUUUGGGGGGUGUUGUUGUUGUGGGGGGGGUUUUUUUUGGGUUAAAAGGGGUUUGGGGGUUUUUAAAAAAAAGGGGGGUUUUUUUUGGGGGGUUUUUUUUUUGUGUUGGGGGUUUUUUUGGGUUUUAAAAAGGGUUCCUAACCCGGAAAGGCCCCCAAAAAAGGGGGGGCCCCCGGGAAAAAAAAAGGUUUUGGGGCAACCCAAAAAAAACCCUUGGGGGAAGGGGAAAAAAGGCCCCAAAAAAAAAAAAAAAACCCCCUUUUUUAAAAACCCCCCCAAAAAAUUUUUUUUUUAAAAAAAAAAAACCCCCCCAAAAAAAAAAAAAACAAAAACAAAAAAAAAAAACCCCCCCCCAAAAACCCCCCCAAAAAAAAAAUUAAAAACAAAAAAAAAAACCCCAAACCCCAAAAAAACCCCUUUAGCCCUUGAUAAGACACCUUUUUUUGGGGGUGUGUGGGGGGGGGGGUUUUUUGGGGGGGGGGGGGGAAAAAGGGGUGGGGGUGUGGGGGGGGGUGUGUGGGUGUGUGUGUGGGUGGGUGUUUUUUUUUGUGUGGGGGUGUUUUUAAAAAAAAAAGGGGGGGCCGGAAAAAAGGGCCCAAGGGGGAAAAAAAAAAACCCCCACCUCCCCCGGUUUUUUUAAUUUUUUUUUUCCCCCCGGGGGGGGGGUUUUUUUUUUUUUUUGGUUAAAAAAGGGGGGUUUUGGGGGGUGUGUGGGUGGGGGGGGGGGUUUUUUUUUUUGGGGUGUGGGGGGUUUUUUUUGGGUUUUUGGUGUGUGUGUGUUGGGGUGGGGUUUUGUGGGGGGGGGGGGGGGGGGUGUGGGUGUGUGUUGGGGUUUUUGGGGGGGGGUGUGUGUUUUUGGGGGGGGGGGUGUGUUUGGGUUUUUGUGUGUGUUUUUUUUUGGGGGGGGGGGGGUUUUUUGGGGGGUGGGGGUGGGGGGGGGGGGGUUUUUUUUUUUUUUUUGGUGGGUGUGUGUGUGGUGGUUGGGGGGGGGGGGAAGGGGGGGGGGGGGGUGGUGUGGGUUUUUUUGGGGGGGGGGUGGGGUGGGGUGGUUUUUUUGGGGGGGGGGGGGGGGGUGUGGUGUGGUGUGUGUGUGGGGGGGUGUGGUGUUUGGGGGUGUUGGUGUUGAUUUUGUGGGUGGGUGGGUUGGGGUUGGGGGGGGUUUUUUUUUUUUGGGGGGGGGGGGGGGGGGGUGGGUGUUGGGGGGGGGGGUGGGUUUUGGGGGUGUGUGUGUGUGUGUGUGUGGGGGGGGGGUUUUUUUUUUUUUUUUUUGGGGGGGGGGGGGGGUGUGGGGGUGUGGGGGGGGGGGUUUUGUGUGUGUGUGGGGUGUGGGGGGUGUGGGGGUGUGUGUGUGGGGGUGUGUGUUUUGGGGGGUGUGGGGGGGGGUUUUUUUUUGGGGGGGGGUUUUUUGGGUUUUUGGGGGGGGGGGGGGGGGGUGGGUGUUGGUGGGUGUGUGGGUGUUUUGGGGGGUGUGUGUGUGGGGGGGGGGGGGGGGGGGGGGUUUUGGGGGGUUUUUUUUUUUUUGGGGGGGGGGGUGUGUGUGUGUUGGGGUGUGUGUGGGUGUGUGUUUUUGGGGGGUUUUGGGGGGUGUGUGGGGGGGGUUUUUGGGGUUUUUGGGGGGGGGGGGUGGGGGGGGUUUUUUUUUUGUUUUUUUUUUUUUGGGGGGGGGGGGGGGGGGGUUUUUUUUGUGUGGGGGUGUGUGUGUGUUUUUUUGGGGGGGGGGGGUUUUGGGUGUGUUUUGGGUGUGGGGGGGGGUGUGUGUGGGGGGGGGGGUUUUUUUUUGUGUGUGGGGUGGGGUGUGGGGUGUGGGGUUUGGGGGGGUUUUUGGGGGGGGGGGGGUGUGUGUGUGGUGGGGGGUGGUGGGUGUGUGUGUGGGGGGUGUGUGUGGGGGUUGGUUUGGGGGGGGUUGGGGAAAAAGGGGCCGGGCCAAAAAGGGAAAAAAUUGGGGGGGGGGGAAAGGGGGGGGGGGAGGGGGGGGGGGGGGGGGGGGGGGGGAAAAAAAAAAGGGGGGGGGGGGGGGGGGGGGGGGGAAAAGGGGGGGAAAAAGGGGGGGGGGGGGGGGGAAAGAGGGGAGAGAGAGGGGGGGGGGGGGGGGGGGGAGAAAGGGGGGGGAGGGGGGGGGGGGGGAGGGGGGGGGGGGGGAGGGGGGGGGGGGGGGGGAGAAGGGAGGGGGAGGGGGGGGGGGAGGGGGGGGGGGGGGGGGGAAAAAGGGGGGGGGGGGGAAGGGGGGGGGGGGGAAGGGAGGGGGGGGGGGAAGGGGGGGGGGGGGGGGAGGGGGGGGGAGGAAAAGGGGGGGGGGGGACCGAGGGGGGGGGGGGGGAGGGGAGAAGGGGGGGGGGGGGGGAGGGGGGGGGGGGGGGGGGGGGGGGGGGGGGGGGGGGGGGGGGGGGGGGGGGGGGGGGGGGGGGAAAAAAGGGGGGGGGGGGGCCCCGGGGGGGGGAAAUUUCCCCCCCAAAAAACCCAAGCGAUUUUGGGGGGGGGGGAGUACCCCCCCCUCACCCGGCCCCCCCCGGGGGGGGGGGAACGCGACGGGAAGGGGGGGGGGGGGGGGGGGCCCCCGGGGGGGGGGGCCCCCGGCCCAAAAAAAAACCCCGGGGGGGGGAAAAAAAAAGGGGGGCGGGAAAAGGGGGGGGGGGCCCCCAAAAAGAAACCCCCCCCCCCGGGGGGGCCCCCGGCCCCCCGGGGGGGCCCCAAAGGGGCCCCGAAGGGGGGGAAAAAAAAAAAACCCCCCCCCCCCCCCGGGGGGCCCCCCCCCGGGGGGGGGGGCGGCCCCCCCGGGCCCCCCGGGGAAGGGGCCCCGACGGGGGCGACCCGGGGGGGAAACCCCCGGGGGCCCAAAGCGACCGGGCGCCCGGGGACCCGGGGGGCCCGGGGGGCCCCCCGGGGGGGACCGGGGGGGCCCCCCCGGGAACCCCGGGCCCCCCCCCGGGGGGGGGAAAGGGGGGGCCCCCCCCCGGGGGGGGGGGGGGCCCCCCCCCGGGGCCCCCCCGAAAAAAGCGACCGGGGGGAAAGCGACCGGGGGGGCGACCCCCCCCCGCGGGGGGCCCCGGGGGGCCCCAAAAAGGGCGCGACCCCCCCCGGCCCCCGAAAAGGGGGGGGGGGGGGGGGCCCCCCCCGGCCCCCCCGGGAAAGCGACGCGGGGCCCCCCCGGGCCCCCCGGGGGGGGGGGGGGCCCCCCCCCGGGGGGGGGGGCCCCGACGCGAAAACCGGGGGGGCCCCCCCGGGGGGGGGGCGGAAAGCGAAACGCGAAGGGGGGGGGCCCCCCCCCCGGCGGCGCGCGGGGCCCCCGGGGGCCCCCGGGGGGGGGGAAAGGGGCCCCGGGGGCCCCCCGGGGGCGCGACCGGGCGAGGGGAAAGACGCGGGGACGGGGGGCCCCCGGCGGCCCCGGGGCCCCGGGCCCCCAAAAAGGGGAAGGGGGGGGCCCCCCCCCCGGGGAAACCCCCCCCCGGGCCCCCCCCGGGGGGGGGGGCCCCCCCCCGACGGGGACCCCCGGCCCCCGGGGGGGGGAAAAAGCGACGGGGGGAAAAGAACCGGGCCCCCGGACGGGGGGCCCCCCCCCGGGCCCCCCCGGGGGGGGGGGGCCCCGGGGCCCCCCCCCGGGGCCCCCCCCGGGCCCGGCCCCCGGGGGGGCCCCCCGACCCCGGGGGGGGCCCCCCGGGGCCCCCCCGGGGGCGCGGACGCGGACGCGGGGGAAAAGGGGCCCCCGGGGGGGGGAAACCCGGAAGGGGCGGGAAAAGGGGCGCGGGGGGCCCCCCCAAAAGGGCGCGGGGGGGAAGGGGGCCCCCCAAGGGCCCCCCGGCCCCCCCCCCGGGCCCCCCGGGGGGCCCCCCGGCCCCGACCGGCCCCGGGGGGGGGGGGCCCCCCGGGGGCCCCCCCCCCCGGGGGCGCGACGGGAAAAAAACGGGGGGAAAAAAACCCCAAAAGGCCCCCGGGCGGGGGGCCCAAGGGGGGGGGCCCCCCGGGGGGGGGGGCCCCCGGGGGGGCCCCCCCCCCCCCCCGGGGGGGCGGGAAAAACCCCCCCCCCCCCCGGGCCCCCCCCCGGGGGGGGGGGAAAAAGCGGCGCAAAGGGCCCCCCGGGCGAAAGGGCCCCCCCGGGGGGGGACCCGGGGCGCGACGGGCCCCCAAAAGCGGGACGGGGGCCCCCCCGGGGGCCCCGGGGGGGGGGGCCCCCCCCCCGGGGGCCGGGGGCCCCGGGGGGGGGGAAGGGGGGGGGCCCCCCGAAAGGGCCCCCGGCCCCCCCGGCCCCGGGGGCCCCCCCGGGGGGAGGGGCCCCGGGCGCGACGGAAAAAAACCCCCCCCCCCCCCCCCGGGGCCCCCCCCCGGGGGGGGGGGCCCGGGGGGGGGCCCCCCCCGGGCCCCGGGGCCCCCCGGGGCCCCCCCCCCGGGGCCCCCCCGGGGGCCCCCCGGGGGGGGGGGACCCCGGGGGGGGCGGGGAAAAACCCCCCCCCCCCCCCGGAAGGGGAAAGGGGCGGGGGAAAAGGGGCCCACGCGACGCGAAACCCCCCCGGGGGGAAACCCCGGGGCCCCCCCGGGGGACCCGGCCCCCCCGGGGGGGGGGGGCGGCCCCGGGGCCCCCGGGGGCCCCCGACGCGGGGGGGGACCCCCGGGGGGGCCCGGGGCGCGACCCCGCGACCCCGGGCCCCCCCCCCCCGGGGGGGGGGGCCCCGGGGGGGGGGAGGGGGGGGGGCCCCCCCCGGGGGGGGGGGAAACCCCCGGGGGGAAGGGGCGGGGACCCGGGGGGGCCGGGGGGGGCCCCCCGGGCCCCCGGAAGGGGGGGGGGGGGGGGGCCCCCCCGGGGGGGGGGCCCCCCCCGGGCGGACCCCGGGGGGGACCCGGGGGAAAACCCCCCCGGGGGGGGGCCCCGGCCCCCCCCAAAACGGCCCCCAAAAAACCCCCCGGGGGCCCCCGGGCCCCCCGGGGGGGGGGACGCCGGGGGGGCCCCAACCCCGGCCCCCGGAAAAGGGGGGCCCCCGGGGGACGAGGGCCGGGGGGGGGGAAGGGGGGGCCCCCCCCGGGGCCCGGGCGGGGAAAGCACGCGACCCGGGGGGCCCCCCCCCGGGCCCCCCGGGGGCCCCCAACCCACCCCCGGGCCCCCCCCCCAAAACCGGCCCCCUUUUUUUUUCCCCCCCCCCCCCCCCCCCCCCCAAAAAAAAAAGGGGGCCCCCCUUUUCCCCCAAAAAAAUUUUUUCCCCCCCCACCCCAAAACCAAAUUUCCGGGGGGGCCCCCCCCCCCCCCCAAAAAUUAAAAACCCCCCCCCCCCAACCUUUCCCCCCCCCUUUCCCCCCCCCCCCAAAAAUUUUUCCACCCCCAAAAAAGGGGAAAAAAACGCGACGCCCGGGCGAACCCCGGGGCCCCCCCCGGGGGGGGGGGCCCCCCCGGGGGGCCCCCCGGGCCCCGAAGCGAAAACCCCCCCAAAAAGGGGGGGCCCCGGAAACCCCCGGGGGGGGGGGCGGGGGGCCCCCCCCCCCGGGGAAAAACCCCCGGGGGGAAAAAAAAAAAGGGAAAAAAAAAACGGGCCCCGGGGGGGGGGGCGGGACGCGGGCGAGGGCGCGAAGGGGGGAACCGGGGGGCCCCCCCCGGCCCCCCCGCGGCCCCGACGGGGGGGGGGGGAAAACCCCCCCGGGGGGGGGGGCCCCCCCCCGGGCGGGGGGCCCCGACGGGGGCCCCCCCCCAAGGGGCGCGGCCCCCCGCGAAACCCCGGGGGGGCCCAACCCCCCGGGGGGGGGGCCCCCCGGCGGGGCGGAACCCCGGGCGACGCGGGGGGGGGGGCGACGCGAACCCCCCCCCCCGGGGCCCCCCCCGGGGGGGGGGGGCCCCAAACCGGGGGAAAAGGGGGCCCCCCCCGGCCCCCGCGGCGGGGGCCCCCCCCCAGGGGACGGAAGGCGGGGCCCCCCGGGGGGGGGGGACGGGGCCGGGGGCGGACCGGGGGCCCCCCCGGCCCCGGGGGGACCAAGGGCCCCGGGCCCCCGGGGGGGGGGCCCCCCCCCGGGGGGGGCCCCCCCAAAAUUUUUUCCCCCCCCCCAAAAAAAAAAAACCCCCCCCCCACCCAAAACCCACCUUUCCCCCCCCCACCCACCACCCCCCCCCUUUCCACUUCCCCACCCCCCCAAAAAAACCCCCACCCCCCCCCCCCCCCCCCAAAAACCCACCACCACCACUUUCCCCCCUUCCCCCCCCCCCCCCCCCCAAAAAACCCCCCUUACCAAACCCCCCAAACCCCCCCCCCCCCCCCCCCCCCAAAACCCCCCCUUUUUUUUUAAAAACCCCCCCCCCUUUCCCCUUUUUUUUUUUCCCCCCCCCCUUUCCCCCCCCCAAAAUCCCCCCCCCUUUUUCUUUUUCCCCCCCCUUUUAAAAAACCCCCCUUUUCCCCUUUACCUUUUUUACCCCCCCAAAAAAAACUUUAAAUUUUUCCUUUAAAUCUUCCCCCCUUUUUUUUUCCCCCCCACCCAAUUCCCUUUUUUUUUUUUUUAUUUUUUUUUUUUUUUCCGGGUUUUUUUGGGGGGUUUUUGGCCGGGGGGGGGUUGGGGUUUUUGUUGUUUGGGGUUUUUUGGGGUUUUUUUGGGGGGGGGGUUUUGGGGCCCUUGGUUAAAGGUUGGGGGGUUUUUUUUUAAAUUUUCCCCCGGGGUUUUUUUAAAAAAACCCCAAAAAAAAAUUUUUUAAAAAAAAAAAAAGGGGGGGGUUUUUUGGGUUUUUUUUUUUGGGGGGGGGGUUUUUUUUGGGGGAAAAAAGGGGAAAUUUUGGGGGGGGGGAAAAAAGGGGGGGGGGUUAGGGGGUUUUGGGUUUUUGGGGGGGGGGGGGGUUUUUUUUUUAAAAAAAAAAACCCCCCCCCCGGGGCCCAGGAAAAAUUCCCCAAGGUUUAAAAAAAAAAAAACCCAAAAAACCCCCCCCCCCCCCCCCGGGGGCCCCCCGGGGGGGUUUUUCCCCCUUUGGCCCCCCCAAAAAAAAAAAACCCCCAAAAAAACCCCCCCCCCCCAAAAGGGGGGGGGCCGGGGGGGGGAAAAGGGGGGGAGGCCCCCCCCGGGUGGGGAAAAAAGGGGGUUUUUGGGAAAAAAAGGAAAAAAGGGGGGGGCCCGGGGCCCCAGGAAAUUUCCCCGGGGGGUUCCCUAAGGGGGAAAAUUCCCCCAAAAAAUUUUUUUUUUUUUUAAAAAAAGGGGGGGGUUUUUCCAAAAACCCCCAAAAAAUUUUUGGGGAAAAAUUUUACCCAAAAAAAAAAAAAGGGGGGAAAUUUUUUAAAAAAAAAAAAUUUUUUUUAAAAAAAACAGGUUUUUUUUUUUUAAACCCAAAAAAAGGGGGGUUUUAAAAAAUUUCCCCUUUUUGGGGGAAAAAAAAUGUUUUUUGGGGGGGGGAAGGGGGUUUUGGGUUCCCCCCCCAGGGGGAAAACCCCAAAAAAAAUUUUUUUCCCCCCCCCUUUUCCCCCGGGGGGGAAGGGAAAAAAUUUUUUUUCCCCCCCCCUUUUUUUUGGGGGGGGGGGGGGAAAAAAUUUUGGGGCCCCCCCCAAAAAAAAAAAAAACCCCCCCCUUUCUCCCGGGGGGGGGAAAAAAAAGGGGGGGGGUUUUUUUUUUUUAAAAAAAACCCUGUGGUGUGUGUGUGUGUGUGUCUGUGUGUGUGUGUGUCUGUGUGUGUGUAUAGACAUGGUGGUAUCUGGGGUACCCAGGGUGAACGGGAUCCAGCACGCAGCAGAGAUCUCCAGCAUGGCUUUAGAUCUGGUCGGAGUGUGUAGGAGCUUCAGGAUACCACACAAACCCAACACACAACUACAGAUACGGGCCGGGAUACACUCAGGUAACACACAUACACACACAGGAUUGUACGCACGCACACAUACACACACAUACAUACACAUACAUACACAACCUCUCCCCCCCCCCCCCCCCUCACUGCAGGUCCAGUGGUAGCCGGUGUGGUCGGGACCAAGAUGCCUCGCUACUGUCUGUUUGGAGACACGGUCAACACCUCCUCUAGGAUGGAGUCCACCAGCGAGGGUAAUCAUGCUAAGGAAGUGCAUGGCAGUGACGGCAGAAGCUAAGGAUGCUAAGGAAGAGUUCCCACAGGGAACGUAUGCUCUCUAUGGCAGUGACAGUAGAUGCUAAUGCUAAGGAAGUGUUUUUCCAUGGUGACUUUAGAUGGUAAUGCUAAGGAAGUGUUUCCACAGUGACCAUAGCAUCUCUAUGGCAGUUAGAGUAAAUGCUAAUGCUAAGGAAGCGCUUCCACAGGAACAAUAUGAUCUCAGAGAUGGUUUAUUUAAGCAAUAAAGCACGAGGGGGUGUGGUAUAUGGCCAAUAUACCACAGCAAACAGCCCUUAGCAAUGGUAUAUUGGCCAUAUACCACAAACCCCUGAGGUGCCUUAUUGCUAUUAUAAACUGGUUACCAACGUAAUUAGAGCAGUAAAAAUAAAUGUUUUGUCAUACCCGUGGUAUACAGUAUGAUAUACUACGGCUGUCAGCCAAUCAGCAUUCAGGGCUCAAACCACCCAGUUUCUAAAAGUAAAUAGACCAUCUCUGACGAGCUUUAUCACUGUGACGGUGGAAGCUAAUGCUAAGGAAGUGUUUCCACUGGGACCAUAGUAUAUAUCUAUGGCAGUGACUGUAGAAGCUAAUGCUAAGGAAGUGUUUGGUCUCUCUCCCCAUACAGCCCUGAAGAUCCAGGUCAGCUCCAGUACUUUCUACCUGCUAGAGGAGAUAGGAGGAUACCUGCUGCAAUGUAGAGGGAUGCUGCAAGUCAAGGUGUGUUCACCCAGACACACCCACCUCAACCUUUCUGAAUGAAGUCAAGGGUUCUGAAUACAUUCCGAAUGCACUGCAUUACGUUAAAGCCUUAUUCUAAAAUGGAUUAAAUUGUUUUCUUUCCCCCUCCCUCAUCUCAUCAUUUAUUAAAAACAAAUACAGAGAUUUCACAUUUACAUAAGUAUUCAGACCCUUUGCUCAGUAUUUGGUUGAAGCACCUUUGGCAGUGAUUACAGCCUCGAGUCUUCUUGGGUAUGACGCUACAAGCUUGGCACACCUGUAUUUGGGGAGUUUCUCCCAUUCGUCUCUGCAGAUCCUCUCAAGCUCUGUGAGGUUGGAUGGGGAGCGUCGCUGCACAGCUAUUUUCAGGUCUCUCCAGAGACGUUAGAUCAGGUUCAAGUCUGGGCUCUGGCUGGGCCACUCAAGGACAUUCAGAGACUUGUCCCGAAGCCACUCCUGCGUUGUCUUGGCUGUGUGCUUAGGGUCGUUGUCCUGUUGGAAGGUGAACCUUCGCCCCAGUCUGAGGUCUUGAGAGCUCUGGAGCAGGUUUUCAUCUAGGAUCUCUCUGUACUUUGCUCCAUUCAUCUUUCCCUCAAUCCUGACUAGACACCCAGUCCCUGCCGCUGAAAAACCUCCCCACAGCAUGAUGCUGCUACCACCAUGCUUCACCGUAGGGAUGGUGCCAGGUUUCCUCCAGACGUGACGCUUGUUAUUCAGGCCAAAGAGUUCAAUCUUGGUUUCAUCAGACCAGAGAAUCUUGUUUCUCAUGGUCUGAGAGUCCUUUAGGUGCCUUUUGGCAAACUCGAAGCGGGCUGUCAUGUGCCUUUUACUGAGGAGUGGCUUCCGUCUGGCCACUCUACCAUAAAGGCCUGAUUGGUGGAGUACUGCAGAGAUGGUUGACCUUCUGGAAGGUUCUCCCAUCUCCACAGAGGAACUCUGGAGCUCUGUCAGAGUGACCAUCGGGUUCUUGCACAGCCUGGAGGUGUGUUGGGUCAUUGUCCUGUUGAAAAACAAAUGAUAGUCCCACUAAGCGCAAACCAGAUGGGAUAGCGUAUCGCUGCAGAAUGCUGUGGUAGCCAUGCUGGUUAUGUGUGCCUUGAAUUCUAAAAAAAUCACAGACAGUGUCACCAGCAACGCACCCCCACACCAUAACACCUCCUCCUCCAUGCUUCACGUGGGAACCACACAUGCGGAGAUCAUCCGUUCACCUACUCUGCGUCUCACAAAGAGAUGUCGGUUGGAACCAAAAAUCUCAAAUUUGGACUCAUCAUUGCUCGUGUUUCUUGGCCCAAGAAGUCUCUUCUUCUUAUUGGUGUCCUUUAGUAGUGGUUUCUUUGCAGCAAUUCGACCAUGAAGGCCUGAUUCACGCAGUCUCCUCUGAACAGUUGAUGUGUCUUUUACUUGAACUCUGUGAAGCAUUUAUUUGGGCUGUAAUUUCUGAGGCUGGUAACUCUAAUGAACUUAUCCUCUGCAGCAGAUGUAACUCUGGGUCUUCCUUUCCUGUGACGGUCCUCAUGAGAGCCAGUUUCAUCGAAACUUUAAAAGUUAUUGAAAUGUUCCGUAUUGACUGACCUUCAUGUCUUAAAGUAUUGAUGGACUGUCGAUUCUCUUUGCUUAUUUGAGCUGUUCUUGCCAUAAUAUGGACUUUGUCUUUUACCAAAUAGGGCUAUCUUCUGUAUUCCCCCCCUACCUUGUCACAACACAACUGAUUGUCUCAAACGCAUUAAGAAGGAAAGAAAUUCCACAAAUUAACUUUUAGCAAGGCACACCUGUUAAUUGAAAUGCAUUCCAGGUUACUACCUCAUGAAGCUGGUUGAGAGAAUGCCAAAAGUGUGCAAAGCUGUCAUCAAGGCAAAGGGUGGCUAUUUGAAGAAUUUCAAAUAUAAAAUAUAUUUAGAUUUGUUUAACACUUUCUUGAUUACUACAUGAUUCCAUAUGUGUUAUUUCAUAGUUUUGAUGUCUUCACUAUUAUUCUACAAUGUAGAAAAUAGUAAAACAAAACAAAAAUACCCUGGAAUGAGUAGGUGUGUCCAAACAUUUGACUGGUACUGUAUAUACAGUGGGGAGAACAAGUAUUUGAUACACUGCUGAUUUUGCAGGUUUUCCUACUUACAAAGCAUGUAGAGGUCUGUGAUUUUUAUUUAUUUAUUAUAGGUACACUUCAACUGUGAGAGACGGAAUCUAAAACAAAAAUCCAGAAAAUCACAUUGUAUGACUUUUAAGUAAUGAAUUUGCAUUUUAUUGCAAUACAUAAGUAUUUGAUACAUCAGAAAAGCAGAACUUAAUAUUUGGUACAGAAACAUUUGUUUGCAAUUACAGAGAUCAUACGUUUCCUGUAGGUCUUGACCAUGUUUGCACACACUGCAGCAGGGAUUUUGGCCCACUCCUCCAUACAGACCUUCUCCAGAUCCUUCAGGUUUCGGGGCUGUCGCUGGGCAAUACGGACUUUCAGCUCCCUCCAAAGAUUUUCUAUUGGGUUCAGGUCUGGAGACUGGCUAGGCCACUCCAGGACCUUGAGAUGCUUCUUACGGAGCCACUCCUUAGUUGCCCUGGCUGUGUGUUUCGGGUCGUUGUCAUGCUGGAAGACCCAGCCACGACCCAUCUUCAAUGCUCUUACUGAGGGAAGGAGGUUGUUGGCCAAGAUCUCGCGAUACAUGGCCCCAUCCAUCCUCCCCUCAAUACGGUGCAGUCGUCCUGUCCCCUUUGCAGAAAAGCAUCCCCAAAGAAUGAUGUUUCCACCUCCAUUCUUCACGGUUGGGAUGGUGUUCUUGGGGUUGUACUCAUCCAUCUUCUUCCUCCAAACACGGCGAGUGGAGUUUAGACCAAAAAGCUCUAUUUUUGUCUCAUCAGACCACAUGACCUUCUCCCAUUCCUCCUCUGGAUCAUCCAGAUGGUCAUUGGCAAACUUCAGACGGGCCUGGACAUGCGCUGGCUUGAGCAGGGGGACCUUGCAUGCGCUGCAGGAUUUUAAUCCAUGACGACGUAGUGUGUUACUAAUGGUUUCUUUGAGACUGUGGUCCCAGCUCUCUUCAGGUCAGUGACCAGGUCCUGCCGUGUAGUUCUGGGCUGAUCCCUCACCUUCCUCAUGAUCAUUGAUGCCCCACGAGGUGAGAUCUUGCAUGGAGCCCCAGACCGAGGGUGAUUGACUGUCAUCUUGAACUUCUUCCAUUUUCUAAUAAUUGCUCCAACAGUUGUUGCCUUCUCACCAAGCUGCUUACCUAUUGUCCUGUAGCCCAUCCCAGCCUUGUGCAGGUCUACAAUUGUAUCCCUGAUGUCCUUACACAGCUCUCUGGUCUUGGCCAUUGUGGAGAGGUUGGAGUCUGUUUGAUUGAGUGUGUGGACAGGUGUCUUUUAUACAGGUAACGAGUUCAAACAGGUGCAGUUAAUACAGGUAAUGAGUGGAGAACAGGAGGGCUUCUUAAAGAAAAACUAACAGGUCUGUGAGAGACGGAAUUCUUACUGGUUGGUAGGUGAUCAAAUACUUAUGUCAUGCAAUAAAAUGCAAAUGAAUUACUUAAAAAUCAUACAAUGUGAUUUUCUGGAUUUUUGUUUUAGAUUCCGUCUCUCACAGUUGAAGUGUACCUAUGAUAAAAAUGACAGACCUCUACAUGCUUUGUAAGUAGGAAAACCUGCAAAAUCGGCAGUGUAUCAAAUACUUGUUCUCCCCACUCUAUAUAAUAUAGGCCAUUUAGCAGAUGCUUUUAUCCAACCUUGACCUCUAACCUCUCUCAACCCUGACCUUUAACCCCUAACCCCCAACCUCUCUCAACCUUGACCUCUAACCAAUUCCCCCAACCUCUCUCAACCUUGACCUCUAACCAAUUCCCCCAACCUCUCUCAACCUUGACCUCUAACCAAUUCCCCCAACCUCUCUUAACCUUGACCGCUAAGCCCUGACCCCUAACCUAUCUCUUCAGGGUAAAGGGGACAUGGUAACCUAUUGGUUGGAAGGGAAGCAGCCGCUCCAGCCCAGUAAGCCCCCUGGUGUGAAGGACCCCGUUAAGGACCCCAGCACUAAGUUGGCCAGCAGGAAGCCUGCAUCCAGCAUGUCUGUGCUGGACACGGACAGAGACAGAGAGAUGGAGAGAAGAGAGAGAGACAGAGAGAGGUACGCCUCAAUCCCCGGGCUCCUCAACCAUGACCUGCUUCUGGACUCAGCCUGA